GCAUGAGCACAUGCCCACAAGUGAAGUUCCGUUCACUUCCUUCCCUUCCAGAAAGAGCGUGGUGAAGAUGGCGGCGCAAAACUCAAUGCCGAGUGAUCUUUACAAAAGCGUAUAUUCGUUUCUGCUGGAGAACAAGUUCACAAAGGCCGCUCAGCAGUUUCUGAAACAGACUAAAGUGACUCCACAAGAUCCAAAUGAAGAGAGCCUCGUCAACAUCUACAACUUCUGGGUGAAGUCUCCUGAAGCCAAGAAACGAAAGGCGCUUCCUAAUAAGUCUGAAGCUGCAAACGGUCCAGCAGCCAAGAAAGCAAAAACCAGUACAGAGAGCUCCAGCAGCGAAGAGUCGAGCAGCGAGGAUGAAGAAGCUGUGGCAAAACCAACUAAGGCAGCUCCUGCAGCAGCCAAGGUGGUGCCAGCUCAAGCAGCAGCUACCAAAGCUGCAUCCAGCAGCAGUGAAGACUCCAGUGACUCUGAGGAGGAGAAGGCUCCUGCAAAGGCACCUGCAAAGGUCUGUACGAAGGCUCUUGUGAAGUCGCCUGCUGCUCCGGCUGCAGGAAGGAAGAAAGACAGCAGCUCUAGCAGUGAAGAAUCUGAGGAUGAGCAGCCCGUUAAAGCUCCUACACCAAAACCCAAGGCUGGUGCAGUUACAGCACCCAAACCAGCUGUUCCUGCUAAAGCUACAGCUCAGAAAAAGCAGGAGAGCAGCAGCAGUGAAGAGAGUUCCUCAGAAUCUGAAGAUGAAAAGCCAGCCAAGGCUCCAGCCAAACCUGCCCCAGUAAAGACUGCUCCGGCUGCUGCUAAAUCAAGCAGUGAAGACUCUUCAUCUGAAGACGAGGCUCCGCCCAGCAAAAAACCCAAAGCAGGAGCGUACAGUGCAGUCCCACCUCCUGCUUCAGUCCAGAAAGCUCCAGCUGCUCCAGCAGCCAGCAAGGCCAAGGACAGUGACUCUUCAGACAGCAGUGAUGAGGAAGAAGAGAAGAAAGUAGCUGCGAAACCUGCACCGGUAAAAACCACUGCUGCCAAACCUGGUGUGCCCAAACCCGCUGCAAAGAAGCAGGAGUCCAGCUCUGAGAGCUCAGAUUCAAGCUCCGAUGAAGAGGAGGCAAAGAAGCCUGCAGCGAAGGUGACUCCCGCUAAGGCUGCUCCAGCUAAACCUGUUGCAGCUAAAGUCCCACCUGCUAAAGAAGACUCCUCGGAGGAUUCCAGUUCGGAGGAGGAGGAGACGGCAAAGAAGCCCGCUGCAAAGAAGCCCGCUACUAAACCUGCACCGGCCAAGACUACCCCCGCUAAAAAAGACGAGUCCUCAAGCUCAGAUAGCAGCUCUGAAGAUGAGGCUCCAGCAAAACCUGCCACUAAAACUGCAGCCAUACCGACACCUGCUGCUGCCUCUAAACCCCCAGCCAAGGCAGCGGAGAGCAGCUCCGAUUCUGAAGACUCUGAGGAUGAAGAAGAACCGGUGAAAGCCAAGCCAGCAGCUAAGCCGGCUACCCCAGCCUCAAAGCCUGCUACUCCCGCAGCAAAGCCUGCUGCAGCGGAGAGCAGCUCAGACUCCUCCUCAGAAGAUGACGAACCAGCAGUCAAGGCUAAACCUGCAGCGGCUAAACCUGCGUCAAAGCCUGCUACCCCUGUAGCAAAGCCUGCUGCUGCUGCAGCAGAGAGCAGCUCAGACUCUGACUCCUCCUCAGAAGAUGAAGAACCAGCAGUCAAGGCCAAACCAGCAGUCAAGGCCAAACCAGCAGCGGCUAAACCUGCUACCCCUGUAGCAAAGCCUGCUGCUGCAGCAGAGAGCAGCUCAGACUCUGAUUCCUCUUCAGAAGAUGAAGAACCAGCAGUCAAGGCCAAACCUGCAGCUGCUAAACCUGUACCGGCUAAACCAGCUACCCCUGUAGCAAAGCCUGCUGCUGCAGCAGAGAGCAGCUCAGACUCUGAUUCCUCUUCAGAAGAUGAAGAACCAGCAGUCAAGGCUAAACCUGCAGUGGCUAAACCAGCUACGCCUGCGUCAAAGCCUGCUACCCCUGUAGCAAAGCCUGCUGCUGCAGCAGAGAGCAGCUCAGACUCUGACUCCUCUUCUGAAGAUGAAGAACCAGCAGUCAAGGCUAAACCAGCAGUCAAGGCUAAACCAGCUACGCCUGCGUCAAAGCCUGCUACCCCUGUAGCAAAGCCUGCUGCUGCAGCAGAGAGCAGCUCAGACUCUGACUCCUCUUCUGAAGAUGAAGAACCAGCAGUCAAGGCUAAACCUGCAGUGGCUAAACCAGCUACGCCUGCGUCAAAGCCUCCUACCCCUGUAGCAAAGGCUGCUGCUGCUGCAGCAGAGAGCAGCUCAGACUCCUCUGAGGAUGAGGAAGAACCAGUGAAAGCCAAGCCAGCAGCAGCUAAACCAGCUACCCCAGUUACAAAGCCUGCUGCAAAGCCUGGGGCGGCAGCAGACAGCUCUGACUCGGACAGCGACAGCUCAGACUCUGAGAAUGAGGCAGCCAAACCUGCAGCCAAGAAACAAACUCCAGCAGCAGUGACCCCUGCUGGCACACCGGCAGCCACGAAGGCAGCAGCGGCGCCAACAAAGAAAGCUGAGGAGAGCAGCUCUGACUCCUCGGACAGCUCCGAUUCAGAGACGGAGACAAAGUCCACCCCUGCUAAGCCAGCAGUCACCAAUGGCAAGGCAGCGACACCCAAGGCAGCGACACCCAAGACCCCAGCAAAGCCCACAGAGUCCUCAUCCAGUGACAGCAGCUCUGAAGAGGAGGAAGAGGCCAGUAAAAGUACUGUAAAACCUGCUACACCUGCCGCAACACCCAAGACAACCCCAGCAGCUAAACCUAAAGAGAGCAGCAGUUCCUCAGACAGCUCAUCAGAUGAGGAGGAAGCACCACGCAAAGCAGCCACGGCACCCACCACCCCCUCAACAAACGGUACAAAUAAAAAAAUAAAGUCAUCAGAAAGUGAAGAGGAAGAGACGGAAGUCAAGACACCAAAAAGCAAGAAAGUAACGACCACACCACAGACGUUUCCUAAAGCUAAUAAGUCCUCCAAUGUACCCUUCCGUAGAAUAAGAGAGGAAGAAGUAACAGUGGAUCCCCGUCUUACAGACAACUCUUUUGACGCAAAGUUUGGAGCCAAUGGGGACUGGGGCCAGAAAGCCAACGAUGUGCUCCGGUUCACAAAGGGCAAGUCAUUCCGCCAUGAAAAGACGAAAAAGAAGAGGGGAAGCUACCGCGGCGGAGCCAUCUCCACCAAUGUCAACUCUAUUAAGUUUGACAGUGACUAAGGACCUUCUGACUCAUAUCCCUCCCACCUGAACUUAACUGUAUCCGUGUGAUCGGGACUUUGCGUUCUCUGCUUCCUCCCCCCCGGUAAACAGUCCUUUUUAUCAUCACUACCCAAGAGCACACUGGCAGGAAUGGGACCCAAAGAGCUGAGUUGGCACUUAACAUUUAGUUAGCUGCCCUUAGUUUGUAAUGGAGAGCAUUAAGUUUGAUCUCUGAUCUGAAGCAACAGCUAGUGGAGCUGGUGCAGCAGCAGAGAGAUGUUCCCAGCUGUGACUUCCGACUGUACUGCUAAAGGUUGAGCUCCACAUGACAUUAUUACCACUUAUAGCCACUAGGUGGCUGCAGGCCAUCUGUUAAUGGUAAAACGCAAAUGUGUGUUGGUCCCUUUUUUUUUUUUUUUUUGUUGUUGCUUGUUUUGACGUCAUUCUCAAAUGAGGAAUGUCUUGUCAUUUCUUUGUACCAACUUCCCGAUUUAUCUCUAUAUGAAUAACAGCCAUCCAUCCCAACAGGUUCUUUAUGUGUUAAGAAAAGGCUGGUCUUGAAUUUUAAUGGAUCACAUGGCUUCUUGAAUUUUGUUUGGUUGUUUGUCAAUUUUUAUUUGGCCACAUUUAAAAAUGGGAAAGGGUGCGCGCUUGGGUUAUUUCUCUAUUUACAUUACACAAACCUCUUGAAGAGUAGAACUGAGUUUUAUACUGUGUAUUUAUUUAGUUUUAUUCCAUUUCCAUGUUUAGGACCUCAGAUGGUCCAAUCCAUGCCAUUCUCAAGCCAUUUCGUUUUGAAACUAUUUCUUCUGUUAGGAUAACCCCUGUUAACCCUAACCCUAAUCUGUUCUUCAGCGGUAUGAAAUUAAUGUUUUACCAACUAAGAGCCAUUUAACUGAGAGCCAUGUUUGUUUCAAUUAUUUGAAUUUACUGUAUGAAGUGUCGUGAACCUCCCAUUUUUUUUUUAAUUAUCAAUACUUGUAGCGAUUAUUAAAGACCUAAAAUAUUA